ACCGAGAGCGAUCAACGCUCUCGAAGGACUUCGGUUUUCCCAAACUGUAUUCCACAUCACAUUGAAAAAUGUUCAGGAUACUCUCACCCUGGAAAUAGUUUUCGAAUUCUUCUGUUUGUUCUCCUCUAGUGUUCCUUAUCUAGCCCAACUAGAAAGAAUUACACGAACCUGACUAACAGAUUACUAGAACCUGACGAACAGAUGCUAACAAGGUUGAAAUUUAUGUACAGUAUCAGUAUAAUCUUACUUCAAUUAUGUUUUCUUUUCUCAGUUGCAGCAACUGCUGUAGUUCAAAUGCGGAUUGUGAAAGACACUGCAAAUUAUGGCUAUUUUGGAAACAAUUUGGGAGAAUUAGGAAAUAAUAACCAACUUGCAGCUAAAGUAUAUCCAGCAAAUUUCACUGGUCCAAAAUUGUUUAGAAAACUCAUUGGUAAAUGCUACAACUUAACUGGAAGUAGGUAUCGAUAUGAGCUUUGCCCUUUUCAGAAUAUUACUCAAUAUGAACUUUCUGCAAGGUGGAAUGCUUAUCAAGGUAUUCUUGGAAUUUGGAAUGAAUGGAUUAUAGAAAAUAACACUUUUUCAUCAAUGGUUUAUUCUAAUGGUGAUCAAUGUGGGGACAUUAAUCGAUCAGUUACAGUUCACUUACAUUGUGGUUAUGCAGAAAUCCUUUCAAAUGUAACAGAGCCAAGAAAAUGCAGGUAUCAGGCAAUUUUCACCACCAGAUAUGCUUGUCAUGAAGAUUCUUUGCUUGUUUACCCUAGAUUACCUGCUGCAUUACAAAAAGAAUGGGACGAUUUACUAACUUAUUUUCAUUACGGAGAUCUAACUGAAAUUGGAUACAAUGAAGGCUUGAGGAAAAUAUUUCAACAAGCAGGUCUGAUUGAAGUAACAACUACUAAGCCACCUGAAAGUUCAACAAGUUCUGUAUCAUCAGAUCUGCAUUAUUUUAUUGAUUUAAAUUCAUGCAAUAAGGAAUUUAAAAAUCUACAGAAUGAAAUUUCUCAAUUGAAUCAGGAAAUUGAAGCAUUGAAAUUGCUGAUUGAUAUUAAUAACAUGCAAAAUAGAACAAACAAGCCACAGAAGGUAACAUAAAUGAAUUUAUUUGUAUGCAAAAGUGAUAUAUUAUAUAAUAAGUUGAUUAUAAUUAAGUUUAUAAAUAAGUUAUUCAUUCAUAUUGUUUUAUUGCUUUUUUUGAUCUCUUGUAAAAUUUUGUAACAGAGUUUGAUACAAGCUUUAUUGCAGUGUAAAAUAUUUCAA